ACCCGAUUGCCCGACUACAGAGGCGGGGGCUACUCCUCGGGGGGAGACCGCAGCCCGGGCCGGGAUGGCCGGGCUGAAUGACUUCCAAAACAUCCACGCGCCUCUGCAUUCUUGGUCAUAUACAACAUAUUGCUUAUACGAGCAUACUGUAAAGCCAUCUCGGGGCUGUGAACUCAAGGAGAACGGCGCUGCGACCAUAACCCCGUGUCAACUCUUCGAGCAGCUUAGCCUGCUAGCAGCUCAAGCCGCAGAUAACCAUGGUGUAUUAGAUAGCGUUACCGUUUUCCACAGGGCUGGAAAGAAAGGACGCCAUACUUUUGGUCAGACACUGUAGCUGCUGCGGCAACGUGCUUCUGUUGCGCCAGUUGUCAAAGCCGCGCGGGGCCGCCGUUGGCGAUGCGACCAUGUAGCAUGGUGUCAGCACCCACGCGCGCUCGACAGCAAUAAAGCACCGCCUAUCGUGGCUCACAAGGGCUUCAGCAAAGCCCAUUCGUUGGGGCUCGAAGCCCGCAGCAGCUUGUGGAGCUUUCACACGGCACAGGCGCGGACGAACAUGCCAUGCUUGAGCAGCUGUUAGAGAAAUAGACACUCCCAUGUCAUAGAGCGACUAGGAUGCUGGCAACAUCUGCCACCAUGCUGCGCACGCACCGCCCGGGACGGCAGCGGCAAUGGCGUGCGCCACCGCAGCUGCUGCUGGCGGCGCUGCUGUUGCUGCUGCUGGCGCUCCACCCGCCCUGCAGCUCGACCCACAGCUCCUCGUGGCCAAUCGCCGGCGCCCAUGCUGCGGGCGUCAUGCUGCCCGAGAAUGACGGCAGCGACGGCGGCGGAGCCAGCGGCAGCGGCGGGCGCGGCGGCGACGACGACGGGGGCUUCCCACUGAACUCGCUCAACAACGCCCUGGUGCGGCGCCUGCAGAUGGACCGCGUCCCCCAAGCAGACGGCAACUGGAUUCCAAGUUCCGGCACCACCUAUUCAUCCCUGGCGUCCUUGGCUGCUGCCUCUGGCUCCGGUGCCAGGCACUACCAGGGGAGCAGCGCAGCCGCCGCCGCGCUCGCCGCCGCAGCUGCCGCCGCAGACGUGGCCGGUGGCGGUGGCGGCGCAGCGGCCGCCACCCUGUCAUCAGCGCAGCUGGAGACGACGCCGCUGCUGACACGGCUGCAGGUACGGCGAGCUCUGGAGCUGGUUGUGAGGCUGGGCGCUACCGAUGGGUCGCUGUUGGCGACCACCAGUCGGGGGGUGCGGUUUGCGGACCAGCUGGGCGCCAUUGCGGCCCGUGCAGCGGCACUGGCGGCGGAGUCUCGGCCGGAGCGGGUGGUGGCGCUGCUGGGGGAGCUGCAUGUGGAGGUGCAGCGGCUGCCGCCCGGGACCAGCUGGCCAGCUGUGCGCCGCGUCAUCACCGCCGGUCUGGCGCUGCACCGCCUGCGCGCGGGACCUCUGGCCGCCGCCGGCGAGCUCAUGGCGGUGCAGCUGCUGCUGCGGCUGUAUCUGGCGCAUCGCACCGCUGCCAAGGCCAAGCGGGUGGUGGAGUUCGCCCACGUGAGCAAGAGCGGCGGCACCACCAUGUGUCAGCUGGCGGAGCGGAACGGCUGCCGCACGGAAAGCUUUGCACUCAGUCGCAACUGCCUGGUGUCAAAGUUUGACGACCGGCCGCGCUACAUCAACUAUGCAUACCACCGGACUCAGCGCCCCCGCGGCGCCAGGACGCGCUGCGACCGGCCCCCCAAGACAAUUGACCGGCGGCGUAACGAGGUCAGCUGCCGGCGGCGGCGCAAGAUCAUGUUACAGCACGGCCACAACCUUUACAUGAACGAGUACACUGCGCUAGGGGGCGCCGAGGAUCCCAGUCUGGCGCACGCCUGUGGCAACAUGCUUACCGUGCUGCAGAUCCGCCACCCGUACGCGCGAGUGAUGUCCCACGUCAAGCACAUGUGGCACGCCUACUCCGUGCACUGCCGCGACGACAAGCGGCUGUACUUCCCACACGGCCACAAUGCCACCCAUUGGUCGCUGCUGCUGUCCGCCCCCAUGGACAACUACCUGGUGCGGUCGCUGGCGGGGGAGGCGGUUUUCGGGCUGCCCUCGGGCGGCGUCACGGAGGAGCACUUGGGCCUCGCGCGUGUGCUGCUCAUGCAGCAAUACGACGUGCUGCUGGUGCUCGAGGACCCGUCCCUCACCCACGCCGCGCUGUCGUACGGGCUGGGCUGGGCUGAGCAGCAGCUGCACGUGAACAGCGCGCAGGCGCGGGGCCCGGAGCCCGGCAGCGACGACGGGCUGCCGCAGGAUCCGGAGGUCCUGUACGGCCUCAACCGCCUGGAUCUGGAGCUGUACGGCUUUGGUGUGGCCAUGGCGCAGCUGGAUGCCGUAGUGUACGACGCGGCCCAGGCGCUGGGCACGGCGGGCGCUAGCCUGGCGGCGCUGCAGGCGGCUGCGGAGGAGGAGGAGGCGGAGCAGGAUUACGCGGACGGCUUGGAGGGGGACUAUGCGGAGGGCGAGGAGGGCGAGGAGGAGGGGGGGCAGGAGAAGGAUUACGAGCGGGGUGGGGGAGGUGGGGAUGGGAAUGGGGAGGAGGAUUAUGUGGAUGAGGGCGGGCGCGACCAGCGCGGCGACAGCAGCGCCGCACUGACCGACGACGAGGGCGUGGUGGUGGAGGCACGGGAGGAGCGGGCGCUGGGCAGGAGGUCCAGGGCCCCGGGUGCAGGAGCAGGAAUAGGGGCAGGCGUGGCAGCUGGUGCGGUGACCAGCAUAAGGGCCCCGAGUAGCAGCGCUAGCAGUAGCACUAGUAACAGCAGCGGCGGUAGCGGUAGCAGAGGCAGCACAAGCAGCGGCAGCGGUGGCGUAGCUCUUGGUGGUGCUGCCACGGGGGUCACCAGCAGGCGUGCACUGCAUCGGCGGACACUGCUCAAGGAGAGCGUGCCGCCGGCCGCCCUCACGCCGCGGCAACGCAACACCCUGGCGUGCGGUUUCGUGGGGCAGUAUGAACCGAGCUAGCGGUGUCUGGAGGAAAUACAGGAGUGAUAGGCGUUCAUGGCUGGUAAAGGGAGCUUGUGUAUCUGCUGGUAGGUGGCGGAGUUCAUCAUUCAGGGCGGAGUUCAGACAGGAUUGCUUGGUUGGCUCGGGUGCUCUAAAUGCUGUAUUGACAUCAGCGCUUGCAUGGCGCAUAGCUAGACCCCGUGGUAAGGCCGUGCUUACUCGCUUACUAUGCGAAGACGCGGUUGCGUGGAUGACAUGCGUGUCUUGUCGCUGCAUUAGGACACCAGGAGGGUCCUGGGUGUCGUGUGCCGAGAUGCGUUGUGAUCAGCGGCCCUACGCUGCUGUGGCGUCAAGCGCCACCCAUUCGGGCCCGGGCCCCAACACUAUGCAAGGCAACCCUGUGCGUAACGGCGUACAACCAUUAACC